CUGAUUUUAUACAUAAUUUAUACUUCAAUCUUGUCACCAAUUUUUAUAUUUUUUAAAAAGAUACACAAAGCGAAUAAAAUGAAUUCCCCACCUCCAGAAAGUGAUGACGAAGAUGAACGCACCGCCAGAGAAAUCGCCUCGGUGGAGGUGUCCAUUGUUAAUUCGGAUUUAAAAAUUCUGAUGGACGUUGCCGCCGAAAUAGCCCGUGUAGCGAACACCAAAAGAAACACUUCACAAGCCUCGAAGAAAAAGAGCGUAUCGACAAUUACACAGGAAAAUCAAAAAGAAAAAAUGUUGAAAGCGAAAGAAGCCAGAUACACCAGGAUGCAAGAGAUUCAGCCGGCACAUAGACACAUUUGCGACAUGGUCGCGAUGUACUGGAACUUGGAUACGAACGAAGUGGUGGACGGAGUCGGUGAUGAUAUCGCCUAUAUACAAACGUUGACCGCCUUCGUCGAAGGUAACGCGGAAGCCGCUUUGUUUUACUGGCAGGACGGACCGCCCCUGGAAUUCGACAGCGGAAGAUAUGUUCCGGUUCAACCGGCCGUGAUCAAACGAAUAACCGUUACCGAGGGUACUAAAUUACCUUUAACUGGGAAGGCGGUUGCCGUGUUCAAAUGUAAGAAGGGUGCUCUGGAAAUGAAGAAUAUAAACGACGAUUUAUGUCUUGUGCAAUUUGAUAUGCAUAACGGCACAGAAAUCACGGCUGCGUUGGUUUUCGAUAUUUUACAUGAUCUUAUCUCACCCACAAUGAAUAUAUACAAAGAAUGGGGCGAUUUGUUAAAGACGAGCUGCGGUUUGAGUCAAAAGCAGAAUUUCGAAGGCGAAUUUUCGUCUUUUGUCAAUUUUCUUCAAAAAACGAAGGUAGAUUUGUCUGGAGUAACGAGUUUCGAUUACGACGAAAAAUUAUAUAAUGAUUACAUAUGUACUGCGGAAAAAAGAGAUGCAGCUUGGAUGAACAUUGAGUUGAAACACAACGUCGAACAUGCGGUUCGACUUUGGAACAAAACUAUCGAAAAGUCGUUGGUUCAGUACCAUCAACUGAGAAGGGAAGACGAGUUUGUCGGACCCACGGUAGAAAUAGAGUACUGGAGACGACAACUGGCUCGUUUCACCAGCAUAGCGGAAUUCGUUGAGACGGAAGUUGCUAUAAACUACAUCGCGUACCUCACCGAGAAACGUGACAAAAACAUCUUGAGACAAUGGCACAAACAGCUAGGAGAAGUGUAUAAUACGAAAAACGAAGCAGCUGACAAUUUAAAGUACUUGUACGCGCUAGAAAAGUUUUGGCACUUCUUGUACCGCGUCGACGUACCGUACAUGAGUCCCAUGAUACCGCCGUUAUUGCACGCAUUGCGUAUGACUUAUACCACGUCGAGAUAUUACAAUAACACCGCCAACAUCACCGCGAUAUUGGUGAAGAUCUCCAAUCAGCUGAUCAUCCGGUGCAGAAGCUACAUCAAUUGCAACGCAAGCAGGACCGUCUGGAAUCAACCUAAAGUGGAAGUGAUCGACAAGAUGAAGAUUUGUCUGGACCUCUAUUUGAAAUAUUUCCAGUGCUUCAAGCGCACACUGAAACAAAUGCAGGCGGCUGGCGAGCCUCCGAUCUCUUGCUCAGAAAUGUAUAUAUUCGGAAAACUGGAAACGUUUAAAAAACGAUUGGAAAACAUCAUUUACGUACUGGAUACGUCGGUAAAAUAUUCCAUAUUACAAAGCAGUACCAUCGAAGGAAUCGACGAUUACGCCAAUAAAUUCAUAGAGUUCCACAGAAACAUUUCCGUACAGAAGUACGACGCGUUGAAUCAUCGUUUACACUACUUCGACAGAGACUUUCAAGAGUUUCAGCAGAACGUGGUAGAUACAGAAUGGGAAUUGGAGGAAUUCGUCGGAACAUUAUUAGGGAACAACCCGGAUGUAGACAACGUUCUGAGAUUGUUAAAAAGGUUUGACAAACUGGGCCUCGAAUGUCUUCAUUUGGAAGAACGUUACUUGGAAGCCUUCGAAAUGUUUGCAGAUGAAUUGGGUAUAGUGAGGGACAAAUAUAACGAAGAACGUCAGAAUCCCAUUUUGCCUAAGAUCAUGCCUCCGGUUUCCGGUCGAAUUAUGUGGAUCAGACAGUACUAUAGAAGGAUAGAAGAUCCGAUGAAUGUCUUUUUAACGAAACCUAAAAUUAUGAAACAAAGAAAAAUUCAACAGUCCAUUCAGCUUUACAAUGCUCUUGCUAUGGUAUUCGUUCAUUACGAAAACGUUUAUCAUCUGGGUUGGUACAAAUAUGCUGCUCAAGUGAGAAAUUGUCUGAGUGCUCCGAUUUUGAUCAGACAUCCAAAAACCAGAAGAUACGUGGUUAAUUUCCACCCCUACAUCAUAGAAGUAAUCCGAGAAGCUGAAUACAUGUACAAAUUAGGAUUGAAUGUCCCCGAUGUCGGACAAGUGAUGGUGUUUUCUAAAGACAAAAUCUUAAAUGCCAGAGAAGUGGUAAAAGAGUUGGUGAGCAGAAAUGACAAGUUAAGAAUGAGCAUACCUACAUUAUUUCUGCCUAUGAUGAAAUGUUUACUGAUCAAACUCGAAGAUGUGUUCAUGCCUGGCUUUUCUGCCAUUACCUGGACAUCUUUGAACAUACCGCAUUUUUGCGAAAGGGCCAUCGAAAUUCUGGACUAUAUAGAGUUAUUUGUUAAAGAGGUUAAAGACAUAAAAGAAGCCAGAAUUGAAGAAGUACUGGACAAAAUAGGACAAACCUGUUUGGCUUACGUGCCAGAUGAAGCUGUGUCUCCUCAAGAAUUCGUCGAAAUGAAUCUGGAACAUAAAUUGAACGUCGCCAAAGAUUUACAAUUAAAAUCAUCGACGGUUCAAGGAGCUGUGAUUGCUCUGAUAAAUAAAUUUAUGGAUGUCCUGGACGUACCCGAAUUUCAACAGAACAAAUACAAUUGGCUGGACAAAGAAGCAGCUCUAAAACCUGUCAGUUCGGGUUCGAAGUUCAUAGUAUCAGGCGAUGCAGCUUUCAAAGAAAUCGACCGAAACGUUCAAAUGGAUUUGACAACGAUACACAACGAUUGCAUCGAAAUGUUCGGAUACUUCAACAUGAAACUAGUGGAUUCGUUAAUAAAAGCCACCAAAUUAUCACUAGACUUGAUUCGCAGCAGAACAUCUACACAAGAAUCCGGUGAUCAUACGACACCAUUGAUGAAAACUUACAUGGAACUGAUGAUUCCGAAUGCUGUCAUAAAUCCAACGCUGGAAGACAUACAAAACAACUUCCUGCAAGUUUUAAAUUCGGUUUUGGACACUAACAAGUACAUAGCAUUUUGGGGUCAAGAUAUGGACGAGGACGACAUUAACGAAAUUAAAAUAUACGAAUUGAAUUAUUAUAAAAUCGUCGCCGAACACAAAGAAAUCGUACGAAUCGUUAUGGGAUUACAAGGAGUGUUGUACAUGCUGCGUCCGGACGUUCAGCUUCUCCUAGGAGAAUAUCUCAAGUUCAGUUACUUGUGGGCGGAAGAUCGUGAAGAUCAGGUCAAACACUUCUGCGAAACUAACCCACUUAUUGUUGAAAUAAGCGAAAAGUUUUUGUCCUUCGAUAUUAGAGCGGAGGAUAUCAAACAAUUGCCUGAAAAACACAAUUUGGGAGCCAUCGAAGUGAACAUGGAAAAGUACAAAUUGGCAUUGAUAGUCGAAUCGGAUGCCUGGAAGCAUAUUUUAGGCAAACAGCUGGGCAUCAUCUACAAGGCGAAAUUAAACGCGAUGGUGGACUUUAUAAAAGCACAAGAAAAGAUCCUAAACAAACCCAUUAAAGAUUUGGAGGACUGCAGGGUUGGAAUGCAAUGCCUCGAAAGAAUCAGGGACAAUUUCAUCGAAAUGGACAUGGAUCUGGAAAUAAUGGAAGAAGCGUACGCCAUAUUUGCUAAAUUCAAAAUAGACGUGUCCAAAGAGGACAUCGAAAGAGUCGAGGGACUCAGAUACAACUUCGAAAACAUGAUAAAUCACUCGAAAGUGGUGCAAGAAAACAUCUGCAACGUGCAAGGCCCGCUUCUUGAAGAACUGACCGAAGGAGUUCGUCUGUUCAAGGUGGAAGUUGAACAGUUCGAUAUAGACUUCGAGGAAAGAGGACCGAUGAUUCCGGGUCUUUCGGCUCGGGAGGCCAGCGACAGAGUGUUAGUGUUCCAAGAUAAAUUCGACGAUUUGUGGCGCAAAUUUGAAAUGUAUAGCAGCGGUGAACGACUUUUCGGUCUGGAAGUCAACGACUAUCCGAUCUUACAUAAACGCAAGAAGGAAUUCAACUUGUUGAACAAGCUCUACAGUUUGUACUUAGCUGUUAAUCACAGUAUUGAUGGAUACUACGAUAUUCUUUGGACUGAAGUCGACACGGAGGUGAUAUUUGCGGAAUUGCAAGAAUUCCAAAACAGAUGUCGCAAACUUCCCAAGGGCAUGAAGGAUUGGCCUGCAUUUUUGGAUUUGAAGAAAAAAAUAGAUGACUUCAGCGAGACUUGUCCUUUAUUGGAAAUGAUGGCUAACAAAGCAAUGAAAGAACGACAUUGGAAACGACUAUCAGCCAUUACAGGAUACAAUUUUGAUAUAGACUCACCCACGUUUACCCUGAGAAGUGUGAUGGAAGCACCUUUACUUACUUUCAAAGAUGACGUAGAAGACGUCUGUAUUGGUGCUGUUAAAGAAAAGGACAUUGAAGCUAAAUUAAAACAAGUCAUUGCCGAUUGGUCCAUCGUCGAAUUAUCUUUUUCUUCAUUUAAGACUAGGGGUGAACUGUUGCUCAAAGGUGCGGAAACUGGAGAAAUAAUUUUGCUUCUGGAAGACAGCUUGAUGAUCAUGAAUGCCUUAUUAAGCAACAGAUAUAAUGCACCAUUCAAGAAGGACAUUCAACUGUGGGUGCACAAAUUGGUUACCACAUCCGAAAUCUUGGAGAAGUGGUUGAUUGUACAGAACCUGUGGGUAUAUUUGGAAGCCGUGUUUGUUGGAGGUGAUAUUGCAAAACAACUACCUGCAGAAGCUAAGCGUUUUAGCAACAUCGACAAAACAUGGAUAAGAAUUAUGCUGAGGGCUCACGAAAUACCCAACGCAGUCGAAUGCUGUGCCGGUGACGAAACUAUGGUUCAAUUAUUGCCCUUUUUGUUGGAACAAUUAGAGACUUGCCAGAAGAGUUUGACUGGUUAUUUGGAAUCGAAACGACUUUGCUUUCCGAGAUUCUUCUUCAUAUCAGAUCCGGUUUUGUUGGAGAUACUCGGCCAGAGUUCAGAUCCAACUUCUAUUCAACCUCAUUUGCCCAGUUUGUUUGACGCCGUAUUCACGGUGGACUUCGAUGAAAAACACUCCGAACAGAUUACCGCCAUGAACUCGGACUUAGGGGAAAAGAUUCAAUUCGACAAAAAUGUUUCUUGUACCGGAGGAGUGGAGUUCUGGUUAAAUAAUUUGCUCGACACCGUAAAAGAUACGGUGAAAAAUGUGAUUGCUGUGCAGGCACAGGCUUUGGUCGAUCCGGAAUAUGAUUUCAUUACAAAUUUUCAAGCAUAUUGUGGACAGGCUGGUCUUGUCGGUGUACAACUGUUGUGGACUAAAGAAGCUGAAGUUGCAAUUAAAAAAGCUAAAACCGAUAAAUUUAUUAUGAAAAUUACCAAUCAGCGAUUCCUCAAUUUACUAAACGAUCUUAUUGAUCUGACUUCCAAAGAUCUCACCAAAAUGCAGCGAAUAAGAUUCGAAACUAUGGUAACGAUUCACGUGCACCAGAGAGACAUAUUCGAUAACAUGGUAAAACUAAAAGUAAAGAACGUCUUAGAUUUCGACUGGCAGCAGCAGACACGACUGUACUAUUACGAUGAAACGGACGAUGUUGAUGUAAAAAUCACCGACGCCAUAUUUCUUUAUCAGAACGAAUACUUGGGAAUCACAGAAAGACUUGCCAUUACACCAUUGACAGACAGAUGUUACAUUACAUUAGCUCAAGCUAUCUGGAUUAAUGUGGGUGGAGCCCCGGCGGGACCGGCGGGUACAGGAAAGACGGAAACUACGAAAGACAUGGGAAGGACUUUAGGAAAAUUUGUCGUCGUAUUUAACUGUUCCGAUCAGAUGGAUUUCAGAGGACUGGGUAGGAUUUUUAAGGGAUUGGCUCAGUCGGGUACGUGGGGCUGCUUCGACGAAUUUAACAGAAUCGAACUUCCGGUAUUGUCUGUGGCCGCACAACAAAUUUACAUAGUACUAACUGCCAGGAAGGAAAGAAAACCAAGUUUUAUUUUUAUGGACGGUGAUGUUGUUUCCAUGAACAUCGAGUUCGGAAUAUUCUUGACGAUGAACCCAGGCUAUGCCGGAAGGCAGGAAUUACCAGAGAACUUAAAAAUAAUGUUUAGGAGUGUCGCCAUGAUGGUACCCGACAGACAGAUCAUUAUAAGAGUAAAAUUGGCGUCUUGUGGUUUCAAAGAAAACAUCAUCUUGUCUAGGAAGUUUUACACGUUAUACAAGUUGUGCGAAGAACAACUAUCCAAACAGGUCCACUACGACUUCGGUCUCAGAAACAUUCUUUCAGUAUUAAGGACGUUGGGUGCUCAGAGGAGGGCCAAUCCACACGAUACGGAAGAAACGAUAGUAAUGAGAGUGCUUAGAGAUAUGAAUUUAAGUAAAUUAAUUGAUGAGGACGAACCUUUGUUUCUCUCGCUGAUCGAAGACAUGUUCCCGGGUAUAAAGCUCACGACUUUUUCAUGGAAAGACCUUCAGAAGGCUAUCACAAAUCAGACGAAAGAAAUGGGAGUUAUUAAUUAUCCAUCGUGGAACCUGAAAGUGAUCCAAUUAUAUGAGACUUCGUUGGUACGCCACGGACUCAUGGUGAUGGGACCCACCGGUGCCGGAAAAACUAAAUGCAUGAUCUGUCUGAUGAGAUCAUUAUCCGAAAUGGGUUUGCCCCAUAAAGAAAUGAGAAUGAAUCCGAAAGCGAUCACUGCACCACAAAUGUUCGGUAGAUUAGAUGUAGCAACUAACGAUUGGACUGACGGCAUAUUUUCUACUCUUUGGAGAAGAACUUUGAAGAUAAAGAAAGGCGAAUUUUGUUGGUUAGUUCUGGAUGGUCCGGUAGAUGCUGUGUGGAUCGAGAACCUUAACUCCGUGCUCGAUGAUAACAAAACACUAACUUUGGCAAACGGCGACAGAAUUGUAAUGGCAGAUAAUUGCAAAUUGGUCUUCGAGCCGGAUAAUGUUGACAACGCCAGUCCAGCUACCGUUUCCCGAAUGGGUAUGGUCUUCAUGAGUUCUUCGGUACUUCCCUGGAGGCCUAUAUUAGAUGCCUGGUUGCUAACCAGACAAUCUAACGAAGCGGAAACUAUAAGAAAUCUCUUCAAUAAGGUUUAUGACGACCUGAAUACAUUCGUUAUUACCAGAUUAAAGGCAAAGAUGUUCGUUAGAGAAGCCUGGUACAUCCGUCAAUGUUAUGAUGUUCUGCAAGGCGUUUUAGAUAUUGGAGAUGAACCAAAGUUUUGGACGGAAAAACAUCUCGAGAGGCAUUUUAUUUUCUCUGUGAUGUGGUCUCUGGGAGCUCUUUUGGAACUCGAAGAACGUGCUAAACUAGAAAAAUUCGCGGUUACUCAUCCGUCUAAACUUGACUGGCCUAAAUGCGGCGAAAACGAAACAAUCUUCGAAUACGUUGUCAAUCCGGAUAACGGAAAGUGGGAACAUUGGAACAAUCGAGUUGAAGAAUUUAUAUAUCCCAAUGAUAGAAUAUUGGAGUUCGUCAGUAUUUUAGUACCUAACGUGGAUAAUGUCAGAACAUCGUUUCUAAUUUCUAAUUCUGCGAAGCAGUCGAAAGCGGUAAUGCUAAUAGGUGAGCAGGGUACUGCAAAAACAGUAAUGAUUAAAAGUUACACGCAAGGGUUCGAUCCCGACUAUCAAUUAAGCAAAUCAUUCAAUUUCUCGUCAGCUACAACUCCAAACAUGGUUCAGAGAAUUUUGGAAUCUUAUGUGGAUAAGAGAGUUGGUACAACUUAUGGUCCGCCACAUGGAAAAACUCUAACAGUAUUCAUAGAUGAUAUUAACAUGCCCGUGAUAAACGACUGGGGAGAUCAAAUAACCAAUGAAAUCGUUCGCCAAUGUAUGGAAUCAGGAGGAUUUUACAGUUUAGAUAAGCCAGGUGAUUUCUCGUAUAUGGUCGACAUAAUGUUUUUAGCUGCGAUGAUCCAUCCUGGAGGAGGUAGAAAUGACAUACCUCAUCGUCUCAAGCGACAAUUUUGCAUAUUCAAUUGUACUUUGCCGAGCAAUACGUCGAUGGAUUUAAUUUUCAGUCAGAUUGCUUGUGGCUAUUUCUGUGUUGAACGAUUCAAUCCAGUGGUAAGCGAGUUCAUAGGAAACCUGGUGCCGUUAACUCGAAAAUUGUGGCAAGCCACUAAACUGAAAAUGCUGCCGACUCCAGCAAAGUUCCACUAUGUAUUUAAUUUGAGAGAUCUGUCUAGAAUUUGGCAAGGUAUUUUAACUGUAGCUGGAGAAGAGUGUCAAAAUCUAGUGUCACUUUUAAAGCUGUGGAGACACGAAUGCACUCGAGUUAUUGCAGACAGGUUUACCAAGAAAGUUGACAAAGACUGGUUUUUCACUAAAAUGACGCAAUUGGCGGAAGAGGAAUUGGGAGAAAACUUCGAACAUUAUCGUAACGAACAUAGCUAUUGGGUAGAUUUCCUUCGCGAAGCGCCGGAAGCGACGGGAGAUGAACCGGAAGAUUUUUGUUUCGAUGCACCUAAAAUAUAUGAAGAAAUUCCUAGUUGGGAAUUUCUAAAGGAAAAACUUUUCAGUUUUAUGGAACAAUAUAAUGAACAAGUCUACGGAAGCGGAAUGGAUAUGGUGUUCUUUAUGGAUGCGAUGAUUCAUCUAAUGAUUAUCUCGAGAAUUAUAAGGAGUGCCAGAGGAAACGCACUUCUUGUUGGAGUAGGAGGUUCAGGAAAACAAAGUCUCACCAGACUCUCAUCGUUUAUAGCGAACUAUAAAAGCUUCCAAAUCCAGCUUACCAGAACGUACAACAUCGGUAAUUUAAUGGACGACAUGAAAUAUUUAUACCGCGUAGCUGGAUUCGAAGGCAAGGGCAUCACUUUCAUAUUUACCGACAACGAAAUUAAGGAAGAAACAUUCCUGGAGAGUUUAAACAACAUUCUCAGUUCAGGUGAAAUUGCCAAUUUAUUCCCGAAAGAUGAAAUGGAUGAAAUCCAAUCAGAACUCAUACCAGUCAUGAAAAAGGUCCAGCCUAAACGUCCACCUACGGUCGACAAUCUUUAUGACUUCUUUAUUACCAGAGGACGAUCCAACUUGCAUGUUGCGUUAUGCUUUUCACCGGUGGGCGAAAAAUUCCGAAGUAGGGCACUCAAAUUCCCUGGUCUCAUAUCAGGCUGCACCAUCGAUUGGUUCUCUAAAUGGCCGAAAGAUGCUUUGGUUGAAGUAUCAUUUCACUUCCUCGGCGAAUUUGAUAUAGUUUGUACGCCAGAUAUUAAGGAAGAACUCAUUAUGAUUAUGGCUGACAUUCAAGAUGGCGUAUCAGUGUUUUGUGAAAGCUACUAUAACAAAUUUCGACGAAGAAGUUACGUGACACCGAAAACAUUUAUUUCUUUCUUAAACACAUACAAAGUAACGUAUGUUGAUCAAAAAGAUAAAAUUGAUGUACUAGCAGUUAGAAUGGCAACAGGACUAAACAAAUUGGUAGAGGCUCAAGUUACUGUGGACGAAAUGCGUCAAGAUCUGGCAAUAAAGGAGCAAGAAAUGGCUGUAGCUUCAGAAGCUGCAGAAAAGGUACUGAAAGAAGUAGAAAUAGCUUCAGAAGCGGCCAACGCCAUUAAAGAAGAGGCAUUGGUGGUCAAGGAAAAGGCCGAGAACCUUGUUACACUCAUAAGCAUAGAUCAGGCCGAAGCUGCUGGGAAACUCGAAGCAGCUAAGCCCGCCUUAGAUGCAGCUGAAGCUGCUUUAUUGACCAUAAAGGCUGCAGAUAUUGCCACGGUCAGAAAACUGGGAAAGCCACCGUAUCUCAUUACAGUCAUUAUGGAUGCUGUGUUGGUUUAUUUCAAAAGAAAACUGGAACCUGUGAAACCUGAUUAUGAGAGAAAUUUUUUGGUAUCAUCUUGGUCUGAAUCUUUAAAGGUAAUGUCCGAUUCAUCUUUCUUAAAGAAGCUUCAGGAAUACCCUAAAGAUACAAUAAAUGCAGAAACGAUUGAUCUAUUGAAACCUUAUUUGACUUAUCCUUUAUAUACGUAUGAAAACGCCAAGACUGCUUGUGGUAACGUAGCAGGUUUGAUUUCGUGGACAAUUGCUAUGUCUUCGUUUUACGAGGUCAAUAAAGAAGUAUUGCCCUUAAAAGCAAAUUUAGCAAUUCAACAGGCUAAAUUAAAUAAAGCUGAGAGUGAACUGUAUGACGCUCUAGAGUUAUUAAGAGCCAAAGAAGAAGAAGUAAGAGUAUGUCAACAAUCAUUUGAUGAAGCAAAUGCGUUUAAGCAAAGUGUUUUUGAAGCAGCAAUGAUGGUAAAAAAUAAAGCAGAUGCAGCAACUGCUCUAAUAACUGGACUGGCAGGGGAACGAGCUCGUUGGAGUGACCAAUUGUUGCAAUUUAAAGCUGAGACAGAAAGAUUGGUAGGAGACGUCGUACUUUUGGUAGGAUUUUUGGGUUACACGGGACCAUUCAACCAAGAAUUCCGCACAUUGCUACAACAAUCUUGGCUGGAUAAUAUAACUGAAAGGAAGAUACCUGUUACUUUAAGCUUGAAUAUUAUUGAAACUCUGGUGGACAAUGCGACUAUUGGUGAAUGGAAUCUCUUUGGAUUACCCACUGACGAAUUGUCUAUCCAGAAUGGUAUUAUUGUAUCUAGAGCCUCAAGAUUUCCGCUUCUUAUCGACCCUCAGAGUCAAGGAAAAACCUGGAUAAAAAAUAAGGAGAAACAAAAUGAUUUAUUGGUUACUACUUUAAAUCAUAAAUAUUUCAGAAAUCAUUGUGAAGACGCCAUUAGUUUGGGCUAUCCGCUAUUGAUCGAAGACAUUGGAGAAGAAUUAGACCCAGUACUGGACAACGUUCUUGAGAAAAACCAUGUUAAAAUUGGAACAACUUUUAAAGUGAAAUUGGGCGAUAAAGAAGUCGACUUACAUAAAUUAUUUAAAGUCUUCAUUACUACAAAGUUGGCUAAUCCCAUGUACACUCCCGAAGUAUAUGCCAAGACGUCUGUAAUAGAUUUCACAGUCACAAUGAAAGGUUUGGAAGAUCAGCUAUUGGGUAGAGUCAUUCUGACAGAGAAAAAAGAAUUAGAAACUGAGCGAACCAAUUUAAUAAGAGAUGUAACCGCGAACAGGCGUAAAAUUUUGGAAUUAGAAGAAAAUCUUCUGUACAAGUUGACCACUGUACAAGGUUCUUUAUUGGACGAUGAUACAGUAAUAGAGGUGCUAAAUAACACAAAAAAUACAGCGGCAGAAGUUCGAGAAAAAUUAACAAUCGCUAAAGAGACUGAGAUUAAAAUAAACGCAGCUCGUGAAGAAUUUAGAUCGAUAGCUGCCAGAGGUAGUGUAUUGUACUUUUUGGUGAGCAGUAUGGCAUUGGUAAAUGAAAUGUAUCAAACAUCUUUAGUCCAGUUUCUCGAAAGAUUCGAUCUUUCAAUGCUGCGUUCAGAAAAAAGUCCCGUAACCUCAAGGAGAAUACUUUUUAUAAUUGAGUACCUAACGUACGAAGUUUACAAAUACAAGUCUAGAGGACUAUAUGAAAAACACAAAUACAUGUUUGUUUUAUUGAUGUGCCUAAGAAUUGAUCUUGACCGUGGACAUGUUACUCAUGAUGAAUUUCAGAACUUCAUUAAAGGUGGUGCCGCACUUGACAUAAACGCUUGUCCAGAAAAACCGGCCAAAUGGAUAACAGAUAUCACCUGGUUAAAUUUGUGUGAGCUCUCCAAACUUAGACACUUCCAAUUUAUUGUUCAACAGGUAAGUGCCAACGAUAGGCUGUGGAAGAGUUGGUUCGACAAAAACGCACCAGAAGAAUCGGUAAUUCCCGAUGGCUACACAAAUUUGGAUGUGUUCAGAAAGUUACUGAUGAUUCGAGCUUGGUGUCCUGACCGCACGAUUACGCAGAGCAGAAAAUAUAUUGCCAACUCGUUAGGGCAGAGGUUUGCUGAACCAGUUAUAUUAAAUUUAGAAGUGUUGUAUACGGAAUCACGCGCAUCUACGCCUAUUGUGUGCUUCUUAAGUAUGGGUUCGGAUCCGACUACGUUCAUCGAACAGACAGCUAAAAAAUUGGAGACCAAAGUAAAAUCUAUAUCUAUGGGGCAAGGCCAGGAAGUGCAUGCGAGAAAAUUGCUGGCUCAAGCUCAAACUGAUGGAUUUUGGGCAUUACUUCAGAAUUGUCACUUAUCGCUCGACUACAUGGAAGAAGUGCUUGCACAAUUAUUGGAGUUUGAGAAAGGGAACGUUACGUUCCAUCCAGAUUAUAGAUUGUGGUUGACGACAGAAGUACACAAUAAAUUUCCAAUAAGUUUGUUACAAUUGUGCAUCAAGUUUACCAAUGAAGCGCCAUCAGGUAUUCGAGCUGGUCUUCUAAGAACAUACUCAUCUAUGGGGCAAGAUCAUUUAGACUAUUCAGACGCUUGGCAAUAUAUACCGAUAGUUUACGCAAUUUCUUUUAUGCACACCGUUGUUCAAGAACGAAGAAAAUUUGGACCUUUGGGAUGGAAUAUUCCAUAUGAAUUUAAUUCUGCUGAUUGGUUAUCUAGUUGCCUAUUCCUACAAAAUCAUUUAGACGAUUUAGACCCGAAAAGGGGCGUCAGCUGGGUCACCUUGAGAUACAUGCUUGGAGAAGUUCAUUAUGGAGGAAGAGUGACGGAUGAUUUUGAUAAAAGGCUACUAAAUACAUUCUGCAAAGUAUGGUUUUCAGAUUUAGUUUUCCACGACGACUUCCUAUUUUACAAAGGAUACAAGAUACUUAAAUACAAACAAAUAAGCGACUAUCUGGAACAAAUUAGUAGCUUCCCACCGGUGGAUCCCCCUCAGGCUUAUGGAUUACAUUCUAACGCUGAUAUUACAUAUCAGACUAAAAUGACAAUUGAAAUGUUUGACCAAAUGUUGGCCAUUCAACCGAAAGAAUCAGCUGCUACUGGCGGUGAGACCAGAGAAGAAGCCGUAGUAAGGCAGGUUAAAGAAAUGCAGUCAAAAUUGCCAAAGGCUUACGAUCCAUUCGAAGUAAAGGAAAGGCUCAACAUAAUGGGGAGACUAAAUCCCUUAAAUAUUUGUUUGAAACAAGAAAUCGACCGCAUGCAAAAAGUAAUAGGUGUUGUGCGGGCUACACUAACUGACUUGGUAUUGGCAAUAGACGGCAUCAUUAUAAUGAACGAGAUAUUACGUGACGCGAUGGAUAAUAUUUAUGAUGCCAAAGUCCCUACAUUUUGGAAAAAAGGUUCUUGGGAGGCCACCACUUUGGGAUUUUGGUACACCGAAUUUUUGGACAGAGACGAACAGUUAAGAAGAUGGUGCAUGACAGGUCGACCCUGUGUAUUUUGGAUAGGCGGAUUUUUCAAUCCACAAGGUUUUUUGACCGCAAUGAGACAAGAGGUAUCGAGGGCACAUAAAGGAUGGGCAUUGGACGCAGUAACCCUUCACAAUGAAGUAACAAAAAAUUCAAGAGAAGAAAUAAAUCAAUCACCACCCGAAGGAGUAAUGUGUUACGGAUUAUUUUUGGAUGGUGCUGGAUGGGAUAAAAGACAUGUCAGAUUGAGCGAAUCAAUUAACAAGGUCUUGUAUACAAUAUUUCCAGUGGUCCAUAUUUUUGCAAUAUAUUCAACUGCUGCGAAGAGUCCUUCUCUCUAUUUUUGUCCUGUAUACAAAAAAUCCCGCAGAACCGAUCUGAACUAUAUAACAACAUUAUAUUUGAACACAAACAAGCCACCAUCCCAUUGGUGUUUACGUGGGGUGGCUUUAUUAUGUGAUACGCAGUAAUUUUUUUUAUUUAUAUACGUUUAUAAAAUAAAUAUUAAUUUACUUAUA